UCCUGUUUCGCUUAGCUGUUCUUAAUACCAAUGGCAAUAUCUUGGACGUCACGGAGCUAUUGCAGAGAGAGCGGGGCAGUGCCAUGGAACGGCUGCUCAACAUGCAUUAUUGGAUCUUGGGCGUCGCGUUCGUCAUGUUCCUUGGGUUCUGCAGGUGCUGCGGCCUGGAUCCCAGACUCCGUCGCUGGCGCUAUCGGUCGUCCGAGUACCAGAUGGUGGCUUUCAGCGAUACUGACACGGAUUGGCAAUCAGUCUAAGGGGUCGAUCAAUUCGACCGAUGUCAGCGAACAACAGUCAUGGGCGCCAUGGCUAUUGAAAGGUAUUUCUUGGAUUUUUUGUAAAUAUUAGCUGAGGCCUUGAUACACGAUACCCUUGCUUAUGUAUAUAUGGAGUAAAAGAAUGCGAAGUUUUGUGUCUUGACUGACUUGAU